UUACCCAUACCAUAAAGACCCCUGAACGAGAAGCGGCCCAAGGAGACAUCAGCUCUCAGCAGCGACGCCAGCCAAUGGCGACGAGUCGGAGCCCCGAACUCCGUAAAGACGCAAUUCACAGUCGUUGGGUGAUCUUCUCUCCAGCCAGAGCACGCCGCCCCUCCGACUUCAAGUCAAAGUCCGACCCAAACCCGAACUCGAAGAACCAGACUGAAUGUGCCUUCUGUGCGGGUCACGAGCACGAGUGCGCGCCCGAGAUAUUCCGGUUCCCACCUGACUCCACCUCCGACUGGAAAAUUCGGGUUAUCCGGAACCUCUACCCUGCUCUCAGCCGCGAGUUGGACCCCCCGAAUAGCGAAUCCGUUGGAGGUCCGGUGACGAUCCCCGGGUUCGGUUUUCACGACGUGGUGAUUGAGUCGCCGGCUCACCCAAUUCACCUGACGGAUCUUUCCGCCGAUCAGAUCGCAGAUGUUCUGCUCGCUUAUAAGAAGAGGAUCCACCAGCUUCGUGCUUUUGAUUCGAUUAAAUAUGUUCAGGUUUUCAAGAAUCACGGUGCGUCGGCAGGGGCGUCGAUGAGCCACUCACAUAGUCAAAUAGUGGCGCUUCCCAUUGUUCCACCCACGGCUUCUGCAAGAAUUCAGAGUAUGAAGGAAGAUUUUGCGCAAACAGGAAAAUGUGGACUCUGCCAAGUUAAACAGGAUGAUCUAUUAAUUGAUGAGUCGAGCCAUUUUAUAUCGAUUGUGCCUUUUGCCGCCACAUUUCCUUUUGAGAUAUGGAUAGUUCCGCGUGAUCACUCUUCUCAUUUUCACGAGCUUGAUAACAAUAAGGCUCUUGAUCUUGGCAGUUUGUUGAAACUUAUGCUUGUGAAGAUGUCUUUGCAAUUGAACAACCCGCCUUAUAAUUUUAUGAUUCACACUGCUCCACUUCAGAUUGACUCAACAGAAUUACCUUUCACUCACUGGUUUAUACAGAUAGUUCCCCAACUAAGUGGCGUUGGGGGAUUUGAGUUAGGAACUGGGUGCUACAUAAAUCCUGUUUUCCCAGAGGAUGCAGCAAAAGUUUUGAGGGAAGUACUAAUUCCAAAUUAGAGAUGACUAGUUGACAAGGUACUCUCGAUCUGGGCACAUUUGGUGAUCACAAAGCAUCUCAGAGGGAGUAUUUCCUGAAACUUGAAUAUUUCUUCUUCUUGUAAUUGCUAUUCUGCUCUCUUCUAACAUCUAUGUCGAACUCGAUUAGUUUCUUUGGACCAAAACCAUUGAACUAUUUCCAUUUAAGGUUGAUGGUUGUGAGUUAUAUGCCUGAGCUGCAAAUAGAAAAGAAAAGAUUUCUAUAUGAGGAACA